AUGACUUAUAGAAUGCACGCAAAACAGCAAUUACAGCUGACACCUGGAGUAUCAGUGAACAGAAUCACAUCACCACUAGACUCAUUAUCAAGUUGGGAAACUUUAGCUUCCCGAUAUAAACUCUCAGUCGAAGAGAAAAAUCAUUGCUUUAAUAGACCACAGUCAUAUUCGAACAGCAAUAAUGAUUAUCUAUGUUUUACCGAUUUCUUCAACGAACUUCGUAAAUCCGAAAGCGAUAUUCGAUAUAUAAUAACAAUGAAAAAACGAAACGGCAUCCUAAUAGAACCAGAAAUUGCAAAUUGGCUUUUUGGAGAAAAAUAUUUGGCAUAUUUAGAAACAAGGAAAUUUGAUCAAAAACAAGAAAUAAGUGCUGAAUUAGAUAUAUUCAAAUUUUUUUCAUAA